UUAUAUCAAAAUCAUAUUUUUAUUCUUUAAUUCUUAUGGAUCUCUCCGGUUCUUCUACGUUAUCAUGUCCCCAAAAUUUCUCACGCUUCCUCGCUCCCACUCAUUUCCUCUCUCCCACCAUCAAAUUUCCUUUCUUUUCUUCCAAACACCACCUCCGCCAUCAAAAGGCAUCCAUUAUCAUCCCCCAAGAGCUCUCAGGGAAUGGCAAGAAUACGAGGAAGCAGUGAAGAAGAAGGACUUAGCUACCGCUCUAAGGUUCCUCAUAUCCAUUGAAAAAGACAAUAGCGACAACCCUGUUGAGCAAAAUGGUUCCUUGUCCACUCGGUCGGCUCGGUCAGGACCCGGCGAUUUGAAUUUUCUUGGUGGGUCUGUGAGGGAUUGGGAGGUCUUGGACACGUGCCUGAAUGCUGAUGAUAUGAGACUUGUUGGCACUGCUUAUGAGUUCCUUAAGGUCAAAGGCUUUUUACCCAAUUUUGGAAGAUUCAGUAGCAUCGUUUUAGAGGGGAAUAGAGAUGUUACACCUUCUGUGUUGAGGUCUUCUACUGGCCUAGAAGCUUCUAAAUUUUCCCCAAAGAAGUGGGGUCUUUCUGGAAGCUCAGGUGUUGUGCUGGCGGGUUUUCUUGGUGGGGUGUCCUAUCUACUCCAACAAGGAAUUGAUAUCAGGCCUCAACUUGCAGUUAUACUGGCGCUAGCUUUCACAGUCUCUAUCCUCCUUGGUGGUACCUGUUUAGCUCAAAUCUCUAGUUAUUGGCCUCCAUCUAGGCGUAGGAUUCUAGUUCAUGAAGCAGGGCAUCUGUUAGUAGCUUAUCUUAUGGGUUGUCCUAUUCGUGGAGUGAUUUUAGACCCGAUAGUUGCAAUGCAAAUGGGCAUUCAAGGGCAGGCUGGAACUCAGUUUUGGGAUGAAAAAAUGAAUAAUGAAAUGGCAGAAGGACAAUUGAGUGGUUCCACCUUUGACAGAUAUUGCAUGGUACUUUUUGCCGGCAUUGCAGCCGAAGCUCUUGUCUAUGGUGAAGCUGAGGGUGGGGAGAAUGAUGAAAACUUGUUUAGAAGCAUCUGUGUAUUUCUUCAACCCCCACUCUCUGUAGCUCAGAUGUCAAAUCAAGCAAGAUGGUCAGUGCUACAAUCGUACAAUCUGCUUAAAUGGCAUAGACGUGCUCAUCGAGCUGCUUUCAAAGCUAUGGAAAAUGGCGGCAAUCUUAGUGUCAUAGUUGGGAAAAUUGAGGAAGUCAUGUCUUCCAGCAGAUGAAGUAUAUUGAAGCUCCAAAUUUACUGGUUCGAUGGAGCAUCUCCAAUAAUUAUGUUGGAUGGAGCAUAUCAUUUUC